AUGUCCUCCCUGGCGACCACUCGAAAACGCGGCCAGCCGAAAGGCACUUCAUCGCUCCCCUCGGAGAAGAUGGAAACUACCGCCCGGGGCCACGAUGACGAGAAGAGCAUCACCGACGACUCCAACGGAUCCGCUAUGAACGGACACGCUUCGGCCGAAAAACCCAUGCAAGCCGCCGGUCGCAUCAUUGCAGGCCUCUUUUCCCAAUGGAUCGCUGUCGGUGUCAUGCUUGGCCUGAUCUUUGGCGGAUGCUGCUCAAAUGUAUACGCCUUGGAAGCCAUCAUCAAACCUUCUCUCCUAAGAGUCGAACCCGCGAGCGGAACUCUCCUGACGUUUGUCCAAUUCCUCUUCGUGGCCAUCACCGGAUACUUCUCCCAAUUUGACCGAUCGAGGCCUCCAUUCUUUCUGCAGAAAAACAAGGUUCCUCUGCGCCGCUGGAUCAUAAACAUUGUGUUGUUCUUCAGCAUUAAUGUGUUGAACAACCACGCCUUCAGCUACGACAUAUCCGUUCCCGUCCACAUUAUUCUCCGCUCCGGCGGGAGCAUCACGACAAUGAUUGCUGGCACUCUUUACGGGAAGAAGUACUCGCGCAUUCAGAUCGUGGCUGUUAUCCUCCUAACCUUUGGUGUUAUCACCGCGGCUUGGUCGGACGCACAAUCCAAGGCAAGUGACAUUACUCGACGCGAAGACUCGUCAGAGACAGAGAAAAGCGAUAGACCCGCCUUUGGGACAGGACUCAUCAUCCUCUUCGUGGCGCAGGUUCUCUCCGCCAUCAUGGGCCUCUACACCGAAGAGACAUACAAGAAAUACGGCCCUCAGUGGAGAGAGAAUCUGUUCUACUCACACUUGUUAUCUCUACCACUUUUCCUCCCAUUUGCGCCGUCGCUGAUCCGCCAAUUCCGACGAUUGGCCAGCAGCCCGCCACUGUCGCUGCCCACGUUGGCCCAGCUUCCUGGUCUUGGCCUGAGCGGAGAUGUUGGAGGAGGAAUGACCAAGUACCAUAUCCCGAGCCAACUUGCUUAUCUUGCAACGAAUGUUCUCACGCAGUACGCGUGCAUCAGGGGCGUCAAUCUCCUGGCCGCCGUGUCUUCGGCACUGACCGUUACCAUCGUGCUCAAUAUUCGCAAAUUAGUUAGUCUACUCUUGAGUAUUUGGCUAUUUGGAAACCGGCUGGCUGUAGGAACGCUGAUCGGGGCAAUCAUCGUCUUUGGUGCUGGUGGACUUUACUCGUUAGAUUCCAGAGCCAAGACCUCGAGAGUGCAGCAUGGAUCGGACAGGAAAUAG